AAAUCAUUGAUUUUUGAUUUUUUUAAGAAAUACAAAAAAUCACCAACCCUGCUCCGCAGGGAGAUAGCCACCCGUGUUGCGUCAACUCCCAUUAACAAUGCUGUCCUCACAACCCCACCACCACCAAUUGCAGCAGAAGAGGCUUUGCCCCCUCAUCGUUACUGCUCAGUGCUAUCCCAGCUACACUCGGGAUACUGCAGCUCCCUUGCAUCCUACACCCACAUGGUGUAGCGCUCCCUUAGCGCCGCUUGCCUGGAAUGCUGGGAUCCCCUCCAAUCCGUCCAGCACCUCUUUGCCUUCCCCAUGUCCCUCAGCAUCUCAUCUAUGUGCGACAACCCUGUGUAGGCGUCGGCGUUCCUGGCCACCCUCCCUGCUUUCGCCCAUCUUCCCCCUCUUUCAGUGCCACCCCUCCGACCAUCACCGGAGCCUCCACCCACGCGAGGUGACUUUUGGCGCAAGGAACAAUGACAAGAGAAGGAAAGAUAGACUGCAUAGAAAAGUUCUGCAAAUUCAGGCUGAAAUUGAUUCACUUCAGAAAUAGAGUUGGUUUUCUCCAUGUCAGCCAUGAGUGGAAGUGAAGAACAACUUUGGAGUUUUUAGAGUCUCAGCUUAAACAACUAGAACAGAAAAUGUUUGGCUCAGCUCCAAGAGACACAAAUUAUCCAGAGGUGAUCAGCACAUUGGCUGUGCUGAGCACUGAUCUGGGCAAUGCUCUGAGCACCCGGGACCGCAUGAUGGCUGUCAUGAAGAGGCUUGAUGAGCUGGAUGAGUACUUGGAUCCUUGCUACGGGACGUCUGCCUCCCAGCUUCCUGUGGGCACACUGAGCGACGUUCUUCUGAGCCAGGAGCAGCACUGGCAGCAGCAGCACCAGCGUCUCCAGCACCUCACACAGCUCAGACCUGUGCUCAACUCCCAGCCUAUUGCUGACUGCAUGGCUGACGGGGAGAAGCUGAUUGAGCUGACGAGCAGGAACAGCGAGCAAUAGGAGCAGGAGCAAGAACAAAGUCAGAGGAUCACGCAUUUCCUCGAGUCCUAUAACGCCUUUGUGAGUUCAGCGCAACCUCAGACCGCGUGUUGAAUAUUAUUUUAGCCUUAUUUUAGUGGAGAAUUUGAUGAUAUUCAUGCAUACAUGACCACGACGUCUUCUCACCAUGGAUCGGUCUAAUUUUAGUGGAGAAUUUGAUGAUAUUCAUGCAUACAUAACCACGACGUCUUGAAUCUUCUCACCCAGCAUCAGCUGAAUUGAUUUUGAUGAUUCGAUGAUAUUCAUAACUACACCCAGCAUCGGAGAAAUCUAAUUCAACGAUAUUCAUUCGUAUAUGAAGGCCAUGUGAUGAAUUUAACAAAUAUUUUAAUUUAGUGCAAUUUGCAAAUUCCAGAAAACGUUUGCUUGCUGGGAUUAUGUAGCGUAUUGCUGUGAGAUAUUAGGUUUCCUGGCUGGUAUAUGUAGAAAACUGAUGUUCUAAAGUUGAAGUUUACCUAACGCGAAUUUCCGGCUUAUAAACAUAUAAGUUGAAAAAUGUACAAUUGUUUUCUUGAUAUCACUGAAGAAUAGCACUAAAUUUUGCACUCAAUAUCUCUUGUUGAUUUCAUUUAGUUACAAUUUUAAUACUGUAGUUUUCUCAUGAAAGACCAAUGUUUUUGUCUUUUGUAUCACUUCAAUGCUUUUAAUUUGUUUAUUAGCUGCCACACUACAACUGCUGUAACGAAGGUAUUCUUAAAAUGCACUGUUGAACAGUU